ACUUGUGCGCCUGCGCUUCAAAGAAAUUUUUCCAGCGGGAAGGAAACUCUGCAUCGGAAAACAGGUGUUUUUGUCGAAUAUCCAUUUUGAAGAAGUUCUGAUCUGCGAUCUUUAACAACUGUUCAAAGGCAGACCCAGGGAUCUUUCUGAAGCCCGAAUUAUGCUGUGAUUGUUGGACGCACUGUGCAGUUAAAGCAGCCUGUUCCUGACUGUGUCGCCUGAUACCGUUGAGGGAGCGUCAUGUCGCUGUUUAAGACACGAGACUGGUGGUCGGCACAAUGUCAGGAGGAGACGUUCGACCAGGGCUGUCUGUGUGUCGCCAAUAUCGACAACAGUACCACUGGCCACGACAAGGUUUUGAUUGGCAGUUAUGCGGGCGUGCUGCGGGCGUACCUGCCACGCCCCGGGAAGGGGGAGGGGUUCAAGCCGGAGGACCUGCUGAUGGAGGUGCAGCUGAACAGUCCCAUCCUGCAACUGGAGGCAGGCAGAUUCGUCUCAGGCACAGAGGCUCUCCACUUGGCUGUGUUGCAUCCCAGAAAAGUGGCAGUGUACGGGAUAUCACUUGUGUCAGGUGCAGUUGAACACGGCAGCCACCACCAGCUGAACAUGAUGUAUGAACACAACCUACAGAGAACGGCCUGCAACAUGGCGUACGGACCGUUUGGUGGGGUCAAAGGAAAGGAUUUCCUCUGUAUCCAGUCUAUGGACGGCACGCUGUCCAUUUUUGAGCAGGAGAGUUUCGCGUUCAGUCGUUUCCUGCCGGGGUUUCUCCUGCCGGGACCGCUGAAGUACAUCACGAGAACGGACUCCUUCGUAACGGUGUCCGCACUGCGACAAGUGGAGAGUUAUAAGUACCAAGUCCUUGCUGUUGCCACAGACUCCAGCUCAAAAGAAGAAUCACAGAAGAUCAGUUCUGGAAAAAGAGUCACUAUUGACUGGUCUCUGAACAUCGGUGAACAGGCCGUGGAUAUCACGUUUGUCAGUUUCCCCCAGGCCCCUCCGUCCAUACUAGUACUGGGAGAACACAGUCUGUUCUGUGUGAAGGAGACAGGACAGCUGAGAUUCAUGAAGAAACUGGAGUACAACCCUUCUGCAUUCCUACCUUUUGCUGCUACCCAAGACGGAAUGAUCAACACGAUCAUCUGUACACACACCAACCAGCUACUGGUGUAUGGUGACGUCACGCUGAAGUGGGCGGCUCAGCUGCAGCACGUGCCCUUAGCGGUCAAGGUCGCGACAUUUCCUGAGCUGAAAGGCGUAAUAGCGACGUUAAGCGAGGACGGCCACCUGAACUGUUCGUACCUGGGUACGGACCCCGCCAUGUUCAUUGCUCCCGCGCCCGAGUCACGUGACAUCAACUACGACGAACAGGACGAGGAAAUGGAGGAGAUGAAGAAGAGGAUUGCUCAGGCCUCGCAGAAAGGAGAUAUCCUUCCACAAAAGAAGAGUGAGGAUGAGUUGACAAUCACAGCCUCUGUGCAGCCCUCCCUCGACCCUAUGUCGUCCUCCUGUUGUUCCUGUGUCAUUUUACCUACAAGGAACCUACCCACCCGCUUCUCUCACAGGAGAGGUGUCAGCCUCCUACAACAUUCCUACAGGCGCACCGCGUACAGUACAAGCCACGGUAUCGUUCCCAUUGUCGCUGGUGUGUCGGCCGUGCGUACCUGUCAAGAACGCCGUCUGCAAGGUUACCAUAGAUACCAACAAGCCACCCGUCAAUCUGAAUGAACUCUUUCCAGACCUAUCCGGUGACUAUGAGGGCAGCAGUGGGUAUGCGCUGGGGUUUGAGCUGAUCGGAGGUCCUGUCAUCACUGUACUGGCAUCUAAGACUUCUCAGAAGUAUCGUGUGCAGUGUGACCAGUUCGAUGCGUUAUGGUUGGUAGUUAAGGAGCUGGUUGAUCGGUUAACCAGACACCACAAGCGGCGAGGCUCCGGCGACUUCAGAUGUUCCUUUGUGGGAGGGCUGCCUCUACAGGAGUACUUUCAAAUCAUUGAUUCACAUUUUGAGCUGCGUUCUCAGACAGAACAUCUGAAGAAAGUCCUGCAGCAGAGAGCCUCCCAGUUCCGCUCCAUACAGAGAAGACUGCUCACCAGAUUCAAGGACAAGACACCAGCUCCCCUGCAGAACCUCGAUGCACUGCUAGAGGGCACUUUUAGACAGAUCCUGGCUGUUGGCGAGGCUUGUGAGGAGAACACGAGGUCGUUACGGCGGGCGGGAAACGCGGUGAGCGCUGCCACGCGCCUGAUGAACAUGCUGAUCCGCCUGAGCUUCGGGAUGGCGGACCGAGAGUUUGCCGUGCUGGAGGCAUCGCUGACUCCGCAAGUGGAUGAUGAUGGGGAGAUUGGCUGGGAAGAAAUCGUUGAUGCGGCCAUCACUCAUCUCCUACGGACUUGUCUCGCCAAGAGUACCAAAGACUCCGUCACCAACCCUCCCGCCCUGGGGAUCGCAAAGGACACUGGGAAACUGAAGAAGCACCUUUCGCUCUUGGUGGACCGACUGAGCAAGGGUGGCAGUCUGGCCAUGGAGGGGGUACCAGGUCUGGAUGUCAAAGGUCAGGGGUCAAAGUUGAAGUUUUAUGCAUGAAAUAGAUUGUGGUAG